UUAGCACCAUGCCUGCCCUUCGCCUCGGCCGGCUCCUGCUCUCCGUCGCCCUCCUUGGGCUGCUGCUGCUGCUGGUCGACCUCCCUCGGGUCUCAGGCACAGGAACCGACAAGCCCGGAGUGUGCCCCCGGCUGCCGCCUGACCUGAACUGCACGCAGGAGUGCUUGGCUGACCAAGACUGUCCCGAAAAUCUCAAGUGUUGCUGGGCGAGCAAAUGCGCCUCCGCCUGUUCCAUACCCAAUGAGAAGAAGGGCUCUUGUCCUAAGUUGGACUUCCUCCAGCUUGGCAUCUGUCAUGACACGUGUGCGGAGGAUAGCCAGUGUCCAGGCCAGAUGAAAUGCUGCCUCAAUGGCUGCGGGAAGGUGUCCUGUGUCACACCCACCUUCUAAGCCAGCAGCAGCAGCCUGAGAAAUGGCGAGGAGAAAGGUAUCUGCAUGGCUCUGGCUCCGGCCCAGCUGCCCUCCCCUCUUGCCGGCCUCUACCUUCCCUCCAAGGCGGACCACAGCUUCUCCCCCUUUCCCAUGAAUAAAGCGACUGC